UUAACUUUAUGCCUUCCUUGUAAGUAACCAAAGUGGCAUAUAAGUAGAGAUGGUUGUUUCCUUGAAAGUAAGCAAUAAACUUUGAGUAUUUUAGAGUUUUGGAUAGAUCAGUAUAAUAAAUAACCAUGUCUUCAAUGAAUCAAUCUAGUUACCAAAAAAUUCUAGCUACCGUUCCUUCUAAUGAAGAGGGCCUACUUGCAGCGGUGGGUCAGGAUACCGAUGCCUCGGCACAAUGGUCCUCCGGUCUCUGUAAUUGUUGCUCCGACGCCCCACUUUGUUGCAUAACAUGUUGGUGCCCUUGCAUCACUUUUGGACGAAUUGCCGAGGCAGUCGAUGAUGGAAAGACUUCUUGCAUUGCUAGUGGCGGGAUUCAUGCACUUUUGACUUAUAUGACCGGAUGCGGGUGGAUAUACUCCUUAGCAUAUCGUUACAAGAUUAGGGAGCAAUACAUGUUGGGUAGUAGCCCUUUCCAAGACUGUUUGGCUCAUUUUUGUUGCGAGAGAUGUGCACUAUGUCAAGAGUAUCGUGAACUUCAACUACGUGAUUCUACCUUGUCUUCAACUGGAGAGAAGAAACCUGGAGUGGAGGUUGUGCCGGUGCCCCCCACACAAAUGACACGAUGAUUGUGUCUUUAGAAGUGGACGAUCGAGAUAAAUGCAGUAUCCAACUUGGACAUCUACUAAUGACACAUAUAUCUUGUUAGUUAUGUAUUUGUCAGGUCCAAAUCCCA